GCCCCUGACAACCCGGGAGGCCUGAGGAGCUUGACCACCAGCUGGGCGCUAGACUCUGCGCUGCUGCCUCUAAUGGCUCUGCAGUCAGGUCUAGCGCUGAGAGCACCAUCCACCUUGAUCUGUCUCUUCAGCCUGUACCUGGGCCUGAUAGAGUGAAACUAGAUCCUUGGGCCUGGGGACAAGUGAAAUGUGAGAAGUCUGAUAAUAAAGAUAUCACCGAAGAUCAGAAACAAAAUCAACCAGAGGAAAUUCUGAAAGUAUGGGAUGUGGAGAGUCAAAAAUAUCUACAGCAAAUACUAUCGUUUUAGGGGUUAUCCAGAUUAUGAUUGGCACCUAUCAUGUACUCAUGUGGUAUUUCCUAUUGCUGUUGUACAUGGGACAGAUUAAAGGAGUGUUUGGGACUUAUGAACCUUUAACUUACAAAAUGGGAACUUCCUUAUGGGGAAUUACUUUUGUCUUUUCAGGAGCCGCCACAGUAAAAUCGGCAAAACAUCGGAGUAGAUAUAUGCUUGUCUGUGCCCUGUCCCUGAACAUACUUUGCGUAAUUGUUACGAUCAUUGCCGCCAGCCUGACAAUAGCGGAACUGGCUUAUUUCCGGUCUGUGUCAUAUAGGAAUUAUGGACAAGCAAAGCUGGGGAGGGAAGUGUCCCGUGUCUUGUUGUUCUCCUACCCCCUGGAAUUUGGGAUCGCCCUCACAUACGCAAUCUGCAGCUGUUCGUAUUUGGGAAGAAGACGACAGGAAAGUAUAGAAACUGUUACUGACAUCAUAGAAAGCAGCCUCUGAAAGCUGAAGAAGACAUGAGCAACUUUCAUGGCUGCUGACACCUGAUGUAGGUGCCAAUGAUCUUUCUAUGUAACAAGGCCACUGCACAACCCAUACAUUUUGUGCGAAAGGAAAAUCACAGCAGGUUGAAAGUCACCCCUUGGUAUUUAAGGAGUGUUUACACACAUAUCUUCUAGGUUCCAGAGGGGAAAGCUUUUCCUAUGUAAGUAUGAUACUAUCACAAGAAAACAUUUGCUAACUAGCCACUCUGAAGAACUGUCAACUCUCCCCAGCAGAUCAUCCGCAGCCGACCAUAAAACCCACCUGUAACCUGUAGAGCGCAGGCUAUAAAAUUUGGAGCAUAAUCCGUAAUUCAGAGGAAGACUUUAAUUUCUGUCCCUGUGAAAGUACAUUCCACACUCUGCAUUCUUCUGCUUCAGCUAGCUUCUACCUCCACACAGCAAGGAUCCAAGGUCACCAACUGAGUGCCUUUAUUGUCCCAUGACUUUUCCUGUCCUCAUUAAAGUUCCUUUCUGCCCUGC